AUGCCAACGCUAUACAGCAACGAGGCAUCCGGCAACAGCUACAAAGCCCGCCUCCUAGCCUCAUUCCUCAACAUCCCACUCGAUAUAAUCCAACUCGACCUACAGAACGGCGAACAGCGCGGAGACAAGUUCCUUGCCAUCAACCCACAAAGCGAAGUUCCAACCCUAGUGGACGGCGACCUCAUCCUCGGACUCCGCCGCAAUCCUGCGGACAUAACAGAAGAAGCGCUCAUCACAAACUGGCUUGCUUUCGCUGCUAGUUGGGUGCAGUAUGGUGUUUUCACGGCACGCGCGAUAGUUUCUCUUGGUGAAACAUUUAACGGGUUGGGGACUACGAGUACUGAGCAGACGCUGCGGGAGGCGAAGAUUCGCGGGGAGAAGUCGUUGCAGAUUCUAGAUCAGCAUUUGGGGAGUGUGGAAUGGUUAGUGUUGGGACGACCGACGAUUGCGUAUAUUGCGGUUUUUCCAUAUGUUGCGUUGGCGCCGAUGGGAGAUAUUUCGCUUGAGCCGUUUGGGAAUGUAACGAGAUGGAUUGGGCGAAUUAGGGAGCUACCGCGGUUUAUUCCUAUUGAUGGGUUGGAUGAUCCGUUGUAUCUUCGGACGGACAGGAUUACAUAG